AUGGUUUUGAAAAAAUAUAUUGCAGAUCGUCCUACUCCUUCUGCUUGGUGUGAUUUUGAUAAAGUGGAACAAAUUUCACUUGAUGAUCAUCCUUGGAAUACCAAGGUGCGUGUUCUUGCUUGCUGGAAAAAUCCUGAUGAGCUGUUGGAAUCUGAAUCAUCAUGCUUGGAAAUGGUGCUUAUUGGUGCUGAGGGUGUCAAAAUACAAGCUUCUAUCUGUAAGAGACACCCAAUAAGGAAUCAGAUUGCUGAAGGAGCUGUGUACAAGAUAUCAAAUUUCAGGAUCUUCCCUAAUGAUGGAGUGCUGCGUUUCACCGGGCAUAGCUGCAGGCUUUUUUUUCAUGGAUGCACAAAGAUGGUUCGAACCACUGAGGAUGGUGUUAUUCCUUUAAACUGCUGGUCCUUCUUUGAUACACGCCAUAUUAAAAUUAUCAGGGAUACCUUCACAGAAGUAAUAGAUUUUGUUGGACUGGUCAUUGCUGCAUCAGAGGAGAAGGUUUACAUCAGGAAUUCAAAAAUUACUAAGAGGAUGGUGAUUCAACUCCAGGACCUUAGGGGAAAUAUCCAUUGUGUGCUUGAAGGAGAACAUGUGGAAACAUUUUUGGAGUAUUUGUCUUCAAACUGGACAGAAAAACCUAUGAUGGUUAUACAGUUUGUCAAAGUUUUCACCCACAGAGGGAGACCAUUCAUUGAUUGCAUACCACCUGCAACCAAAAUGUACAUUGAGCCUGUUAUUGAGGAAUCAGUUGUGCUAGCUGGAAGGUUGGCAGAAGCUGGAUUUCAAAAUGGCCCUGUUGAGUUUAUAAGUCGUGAUAUUGCGUAUGCGAAUCUUAAUGCUGACGUGCUGAAGUUCUACCCAAGGAGAACAAUUUCUGAGCUUUUAGUGGAGAAAGAGCAAGGUGUAUUUCUUGUUCAUGUUGUUGUUGUUGCGGUCUUAAAGGGUGGUUAUUGGUGUUAUCCUUCUUGUAGAUGCCACAAUGAGUUGAAUUUACGUAAUGAUGCGUUUGAAUGUUCAAAGUGUUCUAUGAUCUUUGAGAAGAUGAUUCAUAGGUACCGUGUUAAGAUUGAAGUUUUUGAUGCUUCCGAUAGUGCUGUUUUUGUUCUCUUUGAGAGGGAAGUACAACAAUUGAUUAGUGUGUCAUGUGAAGAUUUAGUCAGUAACAUUAAGGUGGAUGAUGAUUCUAAUGUUGUCUAUCCACAAGAAUUUGAAGAUCGCAUACCUGGAAAAGAGCUUAUUUUUAAAAUACGUAAUGAUGGUGGAAUUACAUAUAAUGGAGCUGAAUGUUACCAUGUCCUUGCCAUUACUGAGGAUCCUGAAGCAAUUUCCUUAUUUCAUGCAUUACAAUCUAAUGAUUCAACUGCCAAUGCACAAUUUGGGACCAAUACCACUGGUGUUGAAAACAAUGAAGAGCUGGAAGACAAGGAAGUUGGUGGUUUUUCCUAUAAUACACCAUUUGAAGAUGUGCCUGAAAGUAGCACUGGAUCUUUACUUCCCAAACCAUUGAAGAGGAAAUUGGUGUUGGACUUUGAUGAUGAAUCUGAGGAGGAUGGUAAUAAUGUCCAAGUUGUGGAAGGUUUCCUGAAUGAGAAGAAUUCAUCUAACUUGGUGCUUUCUGCUGACGAAGACAACAUUAGGGUGGAAGUGGAUGAGGACAAAAGUAUUGAUGAUGCAGAUGAUGACUUUGAAUGUACUAUGAUGGAAAUUGCUGAGGAAGAUGAGUUAGAUGAUGAAGCUGAAUUGGAGGAUGAUCUUGCAUAUGUUGACUGA